AUGCCUUCAUAUUUCUUUUCAGAAGAUCGAGAUGGUCGAGAAGAUGAUGAUCAUCCUAAAACCAAGCAAAGACGAAGUCGAACAAAUUUCACACUGGAGCAGCUGAAUGAACUAGAGCGAUUGUUUGACGAGACGCACUACCCCGAUGCCUUCAUGAGAGAGGAGCUGUCCCAGAGGCUGGGGCUGUCAGAGGCUAGGGUACAGGUCUGGUUUCAAAAUAGGCGGGCGAAAUGUCGGAAACAUGAAAGUCAAAUGCAGAAGGCUGGUAUGAUGCUUCAUUCCCAGGGUACACCACUGGAUCCAUGUCGAGUAGCGCCAUUUGUAAAUUUACCAAACGUCAGACCUGGCGAAUCGAUUGAACGUCUACCAUUUUCACCGUUCCUACCUUUCUAUCCUUUACAUCCAGCUACGGCCGCGGCAGUCGCAGCCGCAGCUGCAUCCCAGACUCCAAUUCAUCCCAUGCUCCUAUAUCAUCAUCACUUGGCAGCGAGUGCGGCACUGAACUAUUCGUCACUUCCGGAAAGCAGCUUCCGCUCAACCAAGAACUCCAGUAUUGCAGACUUGAGGUUAAAGGCGCGUCAACAUUUAGCAAGUUUAGGAAUGUGA